AUGACGGCGCUGAUCCGAGUGCAUUACGACACAUUCACCUCCAUGCCUCUUUGGGCCUCUCUCCGCCAGGCCUUCCUUGACUGGAAAUCCGCUCCCACCACCCGCGCCCCGUCCCCACUCCUCAUCUCGUUCACACCGACGCCGACCUACACUCUCGGCCGGCGGCAGAAGUCUUUGACGCCGGAUCAGCUCGGCCGACUCCGGCAUCCCUUGAACGUGGAAAUCAACAAAGGCCCAACUAAUCAUGGCAAGGUCGCUGUGGGGGACACCGGUUUGGGAGUGCAGCAGUUCACCCCCGAAGUCAUCGAGACGGACCGUGGCGGGUUGAUGACGUACCACGGACCGGGUCAGGUUGUUGUAUGGCCCGUACUGGACCUGCACAGCAUAUACUACCCUCACCUGACUGUCCGUUCAUAUGCCAGACUCCUCGAGGAGACGACGCAAACCAUCCUCGCCGAGGGCCCGUCCAUCCAGACGUAUCUCUCGGAAGAAGAUCCUGGCGUAUGGGCGGAAUCCGCGAGACACCGACCAGGAGGUCAAGAGCGCAAGAUCGCCGCGAUGGGCGUCCACCUUCGCCGCCACAUCUCGGGACUGGGUACGGCGCUCAACGUGGACGUUGUCGUCGACGGCGACGAGGCGUCAAACCCCUGGGCGAGGUUUGUGCCAUGCGGACUCGAGGGUAAGACGGCGACCAGCGUCAGGGCCGAGGUCGGCGAAGAGACCUGGAGGCAAUGGGGGGUCGCUGGCGACGGAAGGGCGAGGAGGAGCUGGUACGCGCGGAGGUGGGCCGAUGAACUCGCGCGUCGGCUGGGCGUCGGCAUUGCACCGGUCACAGUGCACCACUGGCUUGGGUGA